GCCAGCUCCAAGAGCCUGCUGCUUUGCGCCGAUACCGCGACGCGUUUCAACAGGAGUGCAGCUCGACGACACCUAUCAAUCUCCCACAUCAUUAUACCACUCUCUACCAAUUUGCUGGUGAAUCGCAUGGUCGAGUAAAGCUACCUUUUACUGCCAAUAUCACCCGUGCGUGUGUAACUGCCGCAUCCGCCUCCUCCACCCUUCCUCGCAACCAACCCUCCGACAUCACCAUCCGCAACCCACCUCUACAAUAUGACUACCGAUUACAGCAAGAAGACGAAUGCAGAGCUCGUCGAGAUUCUGAAGGCGCGCUCCCUGCCGCACACAGGGAAGAAGGCAGAGAUGGUGGCUCGCAUCCAGGAAGACGACGCUAGCAAGGCUACCAACUCCGCCGCGGCUCCCGCUGCCGCUCCCAAGGGCGACACCGCGGACGACGUCAUCGACUGGGAGGACGACGAGGUCCCCGCCGAGACAGCGAAACCGUCCACCGAAGCCGCCGCGCCGGCCGAGAAUACCGAAGCGCCUAACCCACAGCCCGACGCCGCCCCCGCCGCCCCAGAGGAGCCCCAGGCGGAGCCCAAGGGCACCGAGGGAGAUACACAAGAAGGCUCGAGCCAAUCUACUGCGACCGCGCAGGCGGAGGAGAAACCGGCUACCAAUUACGCCAAGGGUCUGCCCGUCACUGAGUUGGAGGAGGAACUGAAGAAGCGCAAGGCUCGCGCGGAGAAGUUUGGAAUCACGGAGGAUUCGCAGGCUGCGAUUGCUGAGGCCGAGCAGAGGCUAGAACGUGCUAAGCGUUUUGGCGCGGAGGCUGAGGUUCCUGCCAAUGCGGGCGUGAGCAAACUGGACGAAGCGCUGCCGACUGAGCAGCCUCGCAAGAGAGGCCGCGGCCAGACUGAUCAGGGCGGUCGUGGAGGCAAGAGACGCGAUGUUGGGGGCAGAGGCCAGGGACAGGGUCAGGGCCAAGGACAGGGCCAAGGUCGAGGCGGCCGCGGCCGUGGCGGUCGCCAGCAAGGUCGCAACCAGCAGGGCGGCGCACGACCUACCAACGGUGGUGGUCAAGCCCCGAUGAGUGAGAAGGACAGGUCGGCUAUGGAGGCCCGGAAGAAGCGGUUUGCUGCCGCGUGAGCGAUCGGAAGUGUCGACUCUAAUUUUGCUGCCAUUCUUUACCAUCUUUUUCCAUCUUAACUUUGUGUCUGUUGGCGUUUAUGGGAAAUUUACUGUGUCCACUAGGUAGCAUACAUUCUCUUAUGAAAUCUUGAAAAGCUGC